GCGGCUACUAGCUAGCUAACCCAAAGCCAUAUUAGCUUGGAAUUGUUACCCAAGUAGCGAGGAAGUCAGAGCUGCUAAGAAAACACAGACUUUUUGAAUAUAUAGAGUGGCACGUUUUUGAGCUGCUACUUAAACGACAUACUGCUAAAGGUACCAGCCAUGGCUCGCGGGCACCAGAAGAUCCAGUCCCAACAGAAGAAUGCUAAGAAACAGGCGGAGAUUAAAAAAGCCAAGGGGCACGACCAGAAGGCAGCAGCUAAGGCUGCCCUUGUCUACACUUGCACUGUGUGUCGGACUCAGAUGCCGGAUCCCAAGACCUUCAAGCAACACUUUGAAAGCAAACAUCCCAAGUCCCCCCUGCCCCCAGAGCUUAAUGAUGUGGAAGCAUGAGAUUAGCCACUGAUACGGGUCCCCUCACCAUGUUGACCUCAGAGGCCUGUCAAAACUCCUAGGCCAUCUCUUGUGAAAUACCCCCCCCCCCCCCCUCCUUUUCAGGACACUUGCUGCUGCUACUUUGGGAGCCUCGCAGCAGUGCCACAAAGCCAAGUUAACACAGAUGAUGAACUCUCAGAGGUUUGAUGAUUAUCAUAUGUACAUCACACACUUUGAACAUGAUUACCAUAUUGUGCUUACUACUCACGCCACAGGCCAGGAGAGCUUGGGGACUAAUCAGUCGCUGAAUCAACCUCUUUUGUUAAAAAAUUUUGUCCUUUGAUUUUUCAGCCUGUGUGGCACAGAUUAUUUUUUAGGUGUGUGUAUGCAUUCCCUUGUUUUCCCAAGAACAGUUUUGAUUUGUUCCAAGGUCUGGUAUAUCUACAUGUUGUGUGCGGAUUGUGCAACAUGCUUUUGAAAACCAUGUUUUUUUUUUUUAUGCCCCACAGUUCAUUGAAAAGAUAAUAAUUUGAUUUGUUAUAGUUGGAGUUAUUUGGUGUCCUCUUAUUUCAUCAUUCCUUUUUCCAGCAACAUACUCAUAUUCUAUCUAUAUGCAGGUUUUACGCAGAACUCUUGUGAAUAUGUGCAUAAAUCCAAUUUUAUACUUUAAUUUUAAUAAUACUGAUUUCAGUGUACACAUUGAUUUGGUAUGCAUUCAUUUUGAUUAGCAUGUUCUGCAUUAUUUUUAUAUGGCUCCAGUAAGUUGAAGACCUUUUUUUUUUUUUUGUUAAAAUUGAAAACUUAAACACAAUCACCAAAGUUUUAUAAAGUUGAAAUGUAUGUCCCAACCAAUGUUUCAUUUUCAUUGUGUAUGUUUUACUAUUAGGACCUAAUGGAGCUGGUGGAUUAUUAAGUAAUUUUUUUAAGAUUACUAAGUAAAUGACUGAGGACACUGGUGUUCUGUAAAUCGAUGUACUGUAAUGUCACUGAUGCGAAGCGGCACUGUAUUUGCCCAUUGGACUGGCCUUAACGGCAGCUGAUGUUCAUCCCAUAACUAUGUCUGUACCUCUGUGGUGUAUUAUAACAAUUUAAUAAAGUGUUACUUUGGUAAAGUUUUCA